UCCAACAAGCCUGUGUGCGCAUGCCCGGAAAAACCAGUGAGAUGUGCGCAUGCGCCAACGGCCAGGGGGAGCGCAGCGAUAUGAGAAGAACUCAGUGGCCGCGGCGGUGAUGAGGAGAUGAGAAAGUAGACGAGGGAGCUAAGGGGCAGCGGCGGCCAGCAGAGCGGUUAGAUGAGAUUGCAGAGAAAACGUAAUUUACUGCUGCGGCGGAGACAGAAAUCCUGAAGACAUGACCUGUUAAAGACUGAAGCCGGACACUGGACCCUGUAUUAAGUAUAAGAUUUUUCUGGGGACAUGCGAUGUAACUGUCUCUGCCCCCCCUAUAAACAUGUUCUCGAGUCCCUAUAUGUCAGAAUCGCAACGCAGGAAGACUGUAACUGCCUCCAUGUGGUUAACCCCAUGCCAGUGCCGAGGGCGGAUACAGAAGAAUACUGCCUGCACUGUAAGUGCAAGUACAAAGAGAGGCUCUCGUUCACCAUCAAGGUGACCAUCAUCAUCUGCUCCUCCAUCCUGGGCCUUCUCCUCCUCCUUGGUAUCGUGUACUUGAAGCUGGUGAAGCCCAGGCUUCAGAGACGUCUCUUCAGCCACUCGCAGUUCAUACAGAAUGACGACGGUGUCGGAGAAUAAACACGUUGUGCAGUACCCACUCCAUGGGCAGGUGGCGCCACUCAAGUAUUUAUCAUGUCUUCUGACAGGAUCACACCUCUAAAAUAUAUGAAGCCUUCAGUAAAAAAAAAUUCUAUAAUAUUAUAGAGGCCAUAAUCAAUUAUAUUAUCACGCAUAGAAAGCCUUGUUUUGUAUUUUUGCUAAAUUAAUCUUUGUAAAACUUUUUUUUGUAUUUAACUUUGUGCAACAUUUUUACUAAAUAAACUUGCAGUAUCCCCAGGUAUCUCCAGUCCUAUGAUUUAGAGCAACUGUCCCUCCAGUAGGCUCCAUCUGGCCUUUUCCCCAUGUACAAUAAGGAGAUGUUAGAAAAAGGAGGUCUUUCUAAUAAGGUACUACACUUAUGGGCCCUACGCACUGGCAGAUAAUACUGACAGAUAUGAACGAUAUAGCUCAUUAAUGAACGAGAUACCGUUCAUAUCUUUCAGCGUGGAGGCACCAUCGAUGAACGAUGCGCGGCCCCACGCUCGUUCAUCGCUGGUGCCCCUUCGCUUGUGCAUGCAGGCCAAUAUGGACGAGAUCGUCCAUAUUUGCCUCCUCUGCUAUGGAGCCGGGUGACAGGGGGAGUGAAGAAACUUCACUCCCCCCGUCACUGCCCCCCCCCGCCGCCGGGUUGGCCGUAUUUGCCGUCGGGCAGCUCGGCGGCGGAUCUAUCAGUGUGUAGGGCCCAUUACAUAUAACAUACCCUCCAACAUCAUUAAAGAAGAAAUCGGAACACAUAAAAGGGGG